UUUUUAUUUAUUUGUCACAUAUAAAUCAACAAACCCGAUGCAUUGUGCCCUCCCUCCGUGAUCGUGGACGUCAGUAAUAUACCCACAGGCUGGGUCCCUAUUGCCGGUGCCUUUCAGCAUUUGGUCUGUUUGAGCUUAUUUGGACUUGUCCCUCUCUGCUGGGGCAAAAUGAUGCUUAAGAAGAAUAAAUGAGAUGGUCAUACAACUUCAUUGUGCCUCUCUGAUGAUACUCGGUGGCCCUCAUGUCUGUUCAAAGUGCUCUCAAAGUUUCUAGAAAGAGUGGAAUUCCCUCCUGACGCAAAAUAGUCAUAUGUGAUCAGAUCAGCUGAUGUGCGCCACAUAAUGGGCUAUUCUCACCUGCGUCUGGGCGCCACAAAUGAAAGGAUUCUUUACAUAUAACGUCGUUUUAUUCACGCAUACGGCUCGAUAUAAAGCAAAGUGUAUUUUCAUGAAUUAUAUCCUCAAAAUGUCAAUGACUAUUGUUUGCUGGUUUAGGAGUUUUGCUCCGCCCCCUGUGUUUGUCGUAAACCUGGCUCCUGGCUCCAAUAAACCCGGGCUAAGAGCGCCCUGGGCUCGCCUCCUUCUCCAAGGCGAUCAAUAGGAUCUCAGGCGCACUACAAGCACUCUCUUACGUAGACAUCCACCAAGGAGAGAGCCGAUACAACAACACGGUUGAUCUGCUCAAACACAAAAAUCCACCUGCUUUCUGAAUCAUGUCGUUGAGCCCAAAGCAUACAACGCCUUUUUCAGUGACAGAUAUUUUGAGUCCAAUCGAGGAGACCUACAAGAAGUUUAGUGGCAUGGACGGCGCGGGGAACCUAACCUCUCCACUGGGAGCCUACCGACAGCCGCAGGUGUCGCAGACCGGCAUGCAACAGCACUCCAUGGGCCACAACGCCACCGUGGCCACCACGUACCACAUGCCGCACACGGUCUCCCAGUUCUCCCACAGCGCUAUGGGGGGAUACUGCAAUGGAAGCAUUGGCAACAUGGGAGACCUACCGUCGUACCAGGAAAGCAUGCGGAAUAGUGCAGCAGCAACAGGGUGGUACAGCGCCAACCCGGAUCCCAGAUACUCCACAAUUUCUAGAUUCAUGGGACCUUCCACAGGUAUGAACAUGACCGGCAUGGGGGGUCUCACAGGGAUGGCAGACGCCACCAAGUCCAUGCCUGCUCUCCACGCUGCGCCCCGGAGGAAACGGCGCGUCCUGUUCUCCCAGGCUCAGGUCUACGAGUUGGAGAGGCGGUUUAAGCAGCAGAAAUACCUGUCCGCGCCCGAGAGGGAGCACCUGGCCAGCAUGAUUCACCUGACGCCGACCCAGGUCAAGAUCUGGUUCCAGAACCACCGGUACAAGAUGAAGCGCCAGGCCAAGGACAAGGCGGCGCAGCAGCUGCAGCAGCAGCAGCAGCAGCAGCAGCAGGACGGCACCCUGUGCCAGCAGCAGGCGCAGUCCCCGAGGCGCGUGGCCGUGCCGGUUCUGGUGAAGGACGGCAAGCCGUGCCAGAACGGCUCGAACACUCCGACGCCGAACCAGCAGCAGGUGCCACAGAGCCAACAGCAAAGCCAGCAACAGAACGGAGCCGGGGUGGUGCUCGCGUCCGCGACCGGCAACCUGGGCCCGCAUCAGAACCAGCAGCAGGUGAACGCUCUGGAGCUGGAGGAGAUGUCGCCCAGCCCCCCCUCGCUGCACAGCCAGCUCAACCUGGCCCAGAUGGACACGUCCGCGGUAGAUUACACCAGUAACAUGGUCAGCUCGAACCUCCUCUACGGCAGAACGUGGUAGGACCUAUAAUAACCCCACGCGGUGCUGACACUUUUCCACCUUUUCUAAGCGAACCUGCGGAUGAGCCCGAGGACGAGCAUGUAGAAGCAUACGCGAGGCGCGCAGAGGCGCACCAGCUGAUCAGGGCACAUUUUCUUGACGUCUCUGAGAGGGGAGUCUAUUUUUGAACAUUGCAGAAAUGGCUGCCCUCGAAAGCAAUUAUGCCGUUGCUGGACCUUUUGUAAUCCAUGGUUUUGGACCUUCCCCACGGUGUUUUAACACGUAGUCUAUGUUGCUGAAACAAACACGAAUGCUGCUUCACUUGAGUUCGGACUGGGGGAGAGGUGGGAUCAGGUUUGAAGUUCACCACGCCACCACUCCCUAUUUGCAGUGAUACCCUGGUAUUUUAUGAUAUUAAUAUUGUAAACUAAUGUAUUCAUUUAGACUUAUUGAAUAAAGUAGGGACUUGUAUAUUUGGCUAACACACACGAAUGCGUUUAACUGUAUAAUAUUGGUUAUUGCGUCCAACUUUAUGUUUUCUUUAUUCUUUUGUAAGUUAAAAAGGAAAAAAUGCGUGAUGGCUGCUGUAUAUGUUUCAAAACCAAGUGAACGUUAACAAUAAAUAACUUGAAGUGUGAGAGCUAUUGCCGAGGAAGUAAUUUUUUUAAAGGGAUCUGUUUUGGAGUGCAUUUUCAUUAUGUUGUGAUUGAGACCAAAUUGAGUUGGAAAGCAAGGUCGAUGAGGGAGCCAGUAUUGUUCGGGUGACAUUUUGGAGGGCUGCCUUUCAUGGAAGAUGUCUGCAAGACUUUAGACCAGGGAACCGCUCCUUUCAAAUUCACAUGUAAACACUUUCCGCUGCUUUAACGCUUUACAAGUCUUUAGUUGCUGCUUAAGCAAAUCUCACUUUUUACAGUUUCUUACGCCUCAUCGUAGCGUACUUAAUGUUGGAGUUUCGACAAAAUGCUGAAAGCCAUACAUU